AUGCUACUUGAGUCCCUCGAUUUGAUUGAAAAGAACUUUGGCGAGAAACUCGUGAAGGAGCCGCCAGCUACGGCCCAACUUCCCUCACCGUUCCCCAUGAAAACUAUUCUCGUGGCUUGGGUUGCUCAACGUCGCCAAACACCGCCAGACCAGCGAGUACGGCGUAGCACAUUCGAAGAGGCACGCAAGGCGGAACAGUUUGAGAUUUGA